AAUAUCAAACCGCAUAACACUUCCAACCGUCAAAAAGCGAAGAAAGAAGAAAGAGCUCACGGAUUGCUGCGACAGACUUAACGUUACUCGUUGGAUUAUUAGAAAGCUUGAUUUCGAUAAAAAUGAGGGAAAUUCUUCAUCUUCAAGCUGGUCAAUGUGGCAACCAGAUUGGUGCAAAAUUCUGGGAGGUAAUAAGUGAUGAACAUGGCAUUGACCCAACCGGGGUAUACCACGGAGACAGCGACCUGCAACUCGACCGAAUCAACGUUUAUUACAACGAGGCAUCAGGGGGGAAAUAUGUCCCUCGUGCUGUGUUGGUCGACUUGGAGCCAGGCACCAUGGACUCUGUGAGGUCUGGACCUUUUGGCCAAGUGUUUAGACCUGACAAUUUUGUUUUUGGUCAGAGUGGUGCUGGUAAUAACUGGGCUAAGGGCCACUACACCGAAGGAGCUGAGCUGGUGGACUCAGUCCUGGAUGUAGUGAGAAAGGAGGCAGAGGGCUGCGACUGUCUACAGGGCUUCCAGCUCACCCACUCCCUGGGAGGAGGCACUGGCUCCGGGAUGGGCACGCUCCUCAUCAGCAAAAUCCGAGAGGAGUACCCAGACCGCAUCAUGAACACGUUCAGCGUGGUGCCGUCACCAAAGGUGUCGGACACUGUGGUGGAGCCCUACAACGCCACCCUGUCCGUCCACCAGCUGGUGGAGAACACUGACGAGACCUUCUGCAUCGACAACGAGGCGCUGUACGACAUCUGCUUUCGCACGUUGAAGCUCACUACGCCCACCUACGGCGAUCUAAACCACCUGGUGUCGGCCACCAUGAGUGGCGUCACCACCUGCCUGCGCUUCCCCGGCCAGCUGAACGCCGAUCUGAGGAAGCUGGCCGUCAACAUGGUGCCGUUCCCCAGACUGCAUUUUUUCAUGCCAGGCUUUGCCCCGCUGACGAGCCGCGGCAGCCAGCAGUACCGGGCCCUGACUGUCCCCGAACUCACCAUGCAGAUGUUCGACGCCAAAAAUAUGAUGGCGGCAUGUGACCCGCGCCACGGCCGCUACCUGACAGUGGCCGCCAUCUUUCGCGGCCGCAUGUCCAUGAAGGAGGUGGACGAGCAGAUGCUGAACGUUCAGAACAAGAACAGCAGCUACUUUGUCGAGUGGAUCCCCAACAAUGUGAAGACAGCCGUCUGCGACAUCCCGCCACGGGGCCUCAAGAUGUCCGCCACCUUCAUCGGAAACAGCACGGCCAUCCAGGAGCUGUUCAAGCGCAUCUCGGAGCAGUUCACUGCCAUGUUCCGCCGCAAGGCCUUCCUUCACUGGUACACCGGCGAGGGCAUGGAUGAGAUGGAGUUCACUGAGGCGGAGAGCAACAUGAAUGACCUGGUGUCUGAGUACCAGCAGUACCAGGACGCCACGGCUGAGGAGGAGGGCGAGUUUGAAGAGGAGGAAGAAGACAUGGCCUAAGCAGCUAAUACGAAGCAUUAGCAUUGUUAGAGUUCAGCGUUUAUUUCUUUGUUGAAACCAAUGACUCUUAAGGUGUGAUAAAGAUCACCAGUUUAGCUUGUUCUAAAUGUUUUUGAUUUUUUUUUCUUUUCUUUGCAGAAAACAUGUUAAGUAUUGCAGUUGAAUUUUUUUCUGGAACAUGUGCUAACCUGUAAUUCUGCCUGUAGCAUUUUGAAUAUUUUGUACAUUGAAGCUUUCAUCUGUGAGCGGUUUGUUUUUAUGUGGUCGCUCACUUUUUUAUUGGGACUGUGAUGAUGAGCGGUUUUCUCAAUGUUGUAACUCCUCCAGUCCUACCUCCACAUUGACCGCUUGCAAUACAUUUCUGCAAAGCUGUUUAUUUUUCUAUGUAACUCUGACAAGAUGGUGCAGAACCCACCUAGCGACAUGGGAGAAGAAAAAACAACUAUAUAUGAUAUCUGGUGGGAACAACUUCAUAAUAAAAAGAUAUGGCCAAUAGUGUUUUUUAAUUCCCAUGUCACUGGUUGGGCUCUGUAAGUUUGUCUGUCUUUGGAUUUUGUAGUUUUCAGUCUGUGAUGUAUUUAGGAUAGUUUCAGUGAUAUCACUACACUAAAAAACUUGAUAGUAUGUUCAUAGAGUUUUAAAUAAAAGUUUUUACCAUGAUACUAA